CUGGAGAAGCAUGUUGCACGUCUCCGAGAGGAGCUGGACCGGGAGCGGGAAGAGCGCAACUAUUUCCAGCUCGAACGUGACAAAGUUCACACCUUCUGGGAGAUCACCCUCCAGAAGCUGGAGGAAAAGAAAGCGGAGCUGCGCAACAAGGACCGGGAGAUGCAGGAGGUGAAGGAGCACCAUGAAAUGGAGAUCAAGGUUUAUAAGCAGAAGGUGAAGCACUUGUUGUACGAACACCAGGAAAACCUCACCGAGCUGAAGGCGGAGGGCACCAUCUCCAUGAAGCGGGCCCAGAACAACCACUGGGCCCAGGAGAUGGAGCUGCGGAAAGACAUGCGCUCCUUGAAAGUGGAGCUGAAGGAGCAGGAGCUGGCCAACGAGGUGGUGGUGAAAAACAUGUGCCUGAAACAAGAGGAGGAGAUCACCCGGCUGCACAAUGACUUCGAGAGACAAGUGAAAGAGAUCGAGGCCAAGUACACCAAGAAGAUGCAAGCGCUACGGGAUGAGCUCGACCUGCGGCGGAAGACUGAGAUCCACGAGGUGGAGGAGAGGAAGAACAACCAUAUCAACGAGCUGAUGAAGAACCAUGAGAAGGCCUUCAGUGACAUAAAGAGCUACUACAACGACAUCACCCUCAAAAACCUGGCACUCAUCAAUUUGCUGAAGGACCAGAUAGAGGAGAUGAAGAACAGGGAGAAUCACUUGGAAAAGGAGAAGGCGGACGUGCAGCUCCAGAACAAGCAGCUGAAGGAGCCCCUGCAGCAGGCCCAGGAGCUGUUGCAGAAGAAGCUGGUCCACUACGACAAGGACAAGUUGGCCCUGGCG